CCGACCCGACCCAGCCCACAUCUGAGGAAUCGCCGCCGCACCCGACCGCAUGCCCCUGCGCCGACUCUCUCCGCGCCUCACGAGCCCGCGCCGCCGUCUCCGCUCCCUGAACCCUAGCCCCGCCAUGCCGCCGGCCGCCGACGCCGCCCACCUAGCCACGGCGGCCGACCCCGACGAGGACCUCUGCUCCAGCGCCGCGGCUGCCGCGGCGGCGGGGGAGGUCGCGCCGGCCCCGCCCCUCCCGCCGCCGCCGGCGUCCGCGGAGGAGAGGAUCGAGCGCGCGUGGGCGCACUGGAGGCGCCUGGGGUCCCCGCGCCUGAUGGUGGCGCCGAUGGUGGACAACUCCGAGCUUCCCUUCCGCAUGCUGUGCCGACGCUACGGCGCCGACGCCGCGUACACGCCCAUGCUCCACUCCCGCAUCUUCUCCGAGAACGAGAAGUACAGGUCCAUGGAGUUUACCACGUGCAAGGAGGACCGUCCACUUUUUGUUCAGUUUUGUGCAAAUGACCCUGACAUUUUGUUACAAGCUGCAAAGAUGGUGGAACCACAUUGCGACUAUGUUGAUAUCAAUUUUGGAUGCCCCCAGCGUAUCGCAAGACGGGGGAACUAUGGAGCAUUUCUCAUGGACAACCUUCCCCUCGUAAAAUCCCUUGUGCAGAAUCUAUCAGCUAACCUUCAUGUUCCAGUCUCGGUAAAGAUUCGCAUAUUUCCACGGUUGGAAGACACACUAGCCUAUGCCAAGAUGCUUGAGGAAGCUGGUGCUUCUCUUGUGGCUGUCCAUGGUCGGACGAGAGACGAAAAGGAUGGGAAGAAAUUUCGAGCAGACUGGGAUGCCAUCAAGGCCGUCAAAGAUGCUCUCAGAGUACCUGUUCUUGCAAAUGGAAACAUUCGCCACAUGGAGGAUGUGAAGAACUGCCUGGAACAUACUGGUGCUGAUGGUGUGCUUUCAGCAGAAACUCUCCUAGAAAAUCCAGCACUCUUUGCUGGUUUCAGGACAAAGGAAUGGAAAGAAGAUGGUGAUGAGAAUGGAGAUAGCGGCUUGGACCAGGCUGAUCUAGUGAUUGAAUACUUGAAGCUGUGUGAGCAGUACCCUGUGCCAUGGAGAAUGGUUAGAUCCCAUGUCCACAAGAUGUUGGGGGACUGGUUCAGGGUGCAUCCAGAGGUGAGGGAGGAACUCAACAAGCAGAACAUACUCACCUUCGAAUGGUUGCAUGACAUGGUAAUGAGGCUCAAGAAACUCGGUGGAAGAGUGCCACUUUACAAAAAAGAGAGUGCACUGCAGACAGCAGCAGAUGGGCUAGCUGUUAGCAAUGCUUGAGAAUUCCCCCAUCAAUUUUGAGAUCUGCAGCACCAAUUUUUGGAAAGAUGGAAUGUAUGAAAAAUAGGAACUAUUUAACUUGUAUUAGAAUAGAUUGGAAGAACAUCACUGUGGUCCAACACUCCUCUGGCCACGAUUGGAACGAAAUUCUGGCUGAUUGAACUAUUUAUUGGUUGCUCAAUUAGUUAGUUUGUUUACAAAUGCAUCACCUCAUUGUUGUAACAGCUGAUAUAUAAAUUUGCAUACAUCAUUAGUUAGUUUGGAA